AUGAAAAUCAUAAGUGAAAAUCUAUUAUUUAUUGAUCAGGUACUAAUAAUACUCAAACAACUCAUUUUUUAUAUUAAUCUUCAUGAUGAAUUAUCUGAUUCAACGAUAACUCUUGUCAACACAAUGUUUUGUUUUCUUCGAAAUAUGUUAAAUGAACCAGACAUAGCUGAUCGGGUAAACCAAUCAGAAAUGGUGUCGACAUUUAAUCUUAUAGCUUCGUCUAACAAUGAAUCGUUAAAACUCAAUGUUUGCAAUCUUAUUGCUUAUACAGCGCAUGCAAACGAUAUUAAAGAGAUGGCAAAUCUUAGUGAACUUCUUGAUACAGUGUUUCAAUCGUUAAAAACAUUAAUGAAUCAAAAAUCGGACAAAACAACUGAAAUAGAACAAUUAUUGGAUACUCUCCAAGGUUUUACUCAACACGAUCAAGUCAAAAGUGAAAUCUUAAAGCAGAAUGCUAUUCCAUUGCUUGCUGAUUGCACUACUCAAUUGGAAGGCAAAGCACUGGUAUUAGCCUAUGAUGUAAUAUGGAAAUUGUCGUUCAACGAAGAAAUCCGUGACAUUUUAAAUUCCUAUCCGAAUCUUGUUGACCGAAUUCGAAAGAUUGCUCACGAUGAUAAAAAUGAGCCGUUGAAAAGAGUAGCUUCUGGCAUUUUCUGGAAACUCGAGAAAGGUAGACUAGCUUUAUAUUUAAUAUAG